AUGUUAUUAAAAGAAAAUAAUAAAAAAUCAAUAUUAAUACAUAUAAAAGAUAAAAGUUUUUUCAAAAAAACAAAAGGAUUUCCUCAAUUUGAUUUUAUUGAAAAUCAAAUUAAAAUUGGAUUAUAUGAAUUUUUUACAGAUAAUUAUGAUUCACCGAGUGUAAUAGUAUCAAUAUCAUUAAUUACAAAUUUUAUAAAAUUAUUUACAUUAAAUAAUGAAAAUUUAGAUUUUGAAAUCGUUAAAAAUGUAAUUAAAUCAAUUGAUUGGAAAGAAGGAUAUUUCAAUAGUUUUAAUGCUAUUGAAAUGGAGGAACUAUUAAAAAAAACAAAUUUAAAUGAUGCAAUUUUAAAUCAUCAUUUUUCAAAUGAAAUUAAUACUUUUUAUUUUGGAGAUAUUGAAAAUCCAAUUUUAGUUAAAUUCAUUGAAAAAUAUUUCCAAGAAUGUGGAUUUGAAGUUAAAACAUUUCCUUUUAAUCAUUAUAUUAUUGAUAUCAAUAAUAUAGAUAAUAAAAUCAAAAUAAUUUCUAAAUUAAAUUCAAUAAUUUCAAAUGAUAAUAAUAUUGUUCCUUUAUCAAAAUCUGAUGCAUAUUUUAUAAAUGACAAUUAUAAAUAUAAAACGGAAUUUUCAAUAAAUGAAAUAUUUUGGGCAAUUGAAAAUGGUUUAGCAUUUGGUUAUAAAAUUAAUAAUUAUAAUAAUAAUAAUAAUUAUAAUAAUAAAAAUAAAAAUAAUAAUAAAGUCAAUAUAGUUUUUGAUGAAAAUGAUGAAAAAGAAAAGAAAGUUAAAAAUAGUAAUGAUUUAGUUUGUUGGAAUUUUAUUAAAUCUGAUGGAAAAUCAUCAAAUUUAUACACGUUACCAGAAUUUAGAUGUAAAGGUGUUGCAUUAAAAGUAAAAGCAAAAUUAACAUUAUCAUCAAUUGAAAAUAAUAUUAUACCAUUAUGUUCAACAUCACAUGAUAAUAUAAAUUCAAUUUCUCUUAUUGAAAAAUUAGGUUUUAAAUAUUCCUAUUCUAUGGCAGUAAUGGUAAUAUCAAAAAAUAAAAUUAAUUUUGAAUAA